AUGUCGCAGAAGCUCAAGGUCGCUAUCGCGCAAUGCCGUACUCGAGAUACGCUCGCUGAGACUCUCGGUGCUCUAGAGCAGGUUACCACCAAGGCAGCAAGCCGCGGUGCCAACGUCCUGCUGUUCCCAGAGGGAUAUCUAGGAGGAUACCCUAGAGGUUGUAACUUCGGGGCAGCAAUUGGGUCUCGCAAUGAUACCGGGCGAGAUCAAUACCUUGAAUAUUAUAAAGCUGCCGUCGACUUCGGCGAUACUCCAGUGCCCAGCGGAGAUGACUGGGUUGAAAGAAAGCUGCCUGUCGCCGAGGGGAAGAAUUAUAGAGGUGACGGGACUCGAGAGUUCCUUGAGCGGACUGGCUCUGAGCGACUGGUUUGGGCCCAAGGGCCAGCAUCAACUUUGAAAGCCGUCACUGCAGAGAUCAAUGGCGUCAAACUCACUCUUGCAGCGGCUAUAUGCUGGGAGAACUAUAUGCCAUUGCUUCGACAGGCUAUCUACCAGCAGAACGUUAAUCUCUACCUCGCUCCCACGGCGGAUGGCCGCGAUACCUGGCUACCCCUGAUGCAAACCAUUGCCCUUGAGGGCCGCACCGUCGUCCUCAGUGUUAACCAGUGUUUAAAACGUAGCCAACUGCCUUCUUGGGUGACUAAUGACAUCAAACAGCCAGACCAGGAUGGCUCCGAUGACUCUAUCGUCACCGGAGGAGGUGGCUGCAUCAUUAGUCCCUCUGGCAAGGUGUUGGCCGGCCCUAUCUGGAAUGUUACCGACGAAGACGAGGAGAGUCUGCAGGUAGUCGAGGUCGACUUUGAUGAUUGUGUAAGGGGCAGAUUGGAGCUUGAUGUCGCAGGGAGCUACUCGCGGAAUGAUGCAUUUAAAUUAACUGUCGAAGGGCUGGACUUGAACCCUCCACCACAAUGA